ACGACGUAACGUCGUUUCUAAAGCAAUACGCUCUGCAACUUUAUUUUUUUCACCUAUUCGGAAAAACAUAAUAACAGAAACUAUAUUGUUUGUCUCAUUCACAAGGAUUUGAUUUGUUUGGACUGCCGUUGCCAGGUCUGCCAUUUGAGCAGAUUUGAGCAGUCUAACCAAGUCGUCUGCUAAAAUAUGGAUCGCUUGAGGCGCCGCGAAUCUGUAGAUACUUCAGAUAACCGGAAACGCGGGAAAUUGCCAUCGGUAACUGAAAAAACUUCAGAACAUGAAAAUGGAAGUUUAAAAUUCAAAGGAUCAGUGAUAGCACCUGAGGUUGAACGCACAAGGCAUGGUUUGGGCAUAGAUCCUAAUCUUCUUGUCGGUCCUAUAUACGAGCCACAGACGACAGAAUCUGAUCGUAUCAAAGAACAGUUGGGCGACAUCACAGAAAAAUUACACAAGACUUUGCAUUCCUUCGACGAGUUUAAAGAUUUCGAGCACGAAGAUCCAGUGGUUUCCAUGAUGCGAAAACAAAUUGGAAAAGUUGAUGACAAAGAUAUGCGUUCUAACCUUGCAACAUUUAUAGACCAGUAUGAGGAUAUGUCAUGCCAGGUGACGGCUGCCAACCAGGACAGAGAUGAUAUGUUAAUGCAGUUAGCAGAUUGGUUCACCACAGACCAUGUUGAUCUUGAUGAUAUCAAAUCCGCAGUGGAUGACUCAGAAGAGGAAUUUAUGAAACAAAGUUAUUUUAGCACCAUGACAAACUUUGAAAAAUUGAAGAAGUUACAGAAUCAGAUAACAUCAACUGGCAAAGAAGGUCGUCCAACUAAACAACUACAACAAAAGAAAUUGGAACUGGAAAAAAAUGUUGUAGACAAUUUUAAAGUCAUGAAAGAUAUGAGUAUGCAGACAGCAAAGUUAAAAGUAGCUGAUGAUGCGCCAUGGAAAUAUGCUGCAAAUGAGAUUUGCGCUAUGUUGAAAAAUGUACGCACUGAAAAUGCUGAAGAAAUGCAACAUAUUUCAAAGAAAAUGCAGGAAAUGGUUGAUUCUCUAGAUAAACAAGCCAAGACCAUUAAAAGUUUGACAGCUGCCGUACGAGAUAAGAAAGAGAUUAUUUUAAGAUUGACAGACGAGAAUUGUGAUCUCUCGGAAGACUUGACGUUACUACGUAACAGAUACAGCAAAUAUGAAAAAGACUUGCAAGAAGCUCAAAAGUUGAUUAGACAACUUCAUGCUCAGAAGGUUGAGGAUGGAAAAGCUGCUGCAGACUCUGCUCAGGGGAAGGCCGUCGCUGAAUCCGUAUCUAAAAUGCUGUCAUUACAGAUGUCAGAACAAGAUCAAAAAUCGAAGGCAACUUCCAAGCAGCUUCGAGAGUAUAAGAAGGCCCUGGAAUCUAUUCGCAGUGAUUAUUCAAGGGCAGUUGAAGAUUUUAAAGAACUCAAAAUAGAACUUGAAGAAAAGAGGGCAUACAUUUCAAGCAUUGAGACCGAAAAUGAGAAGUUGUCAAAGGAUGUGAAGAAAUUAAAACAAGAAAGGAAAAAGGCAAUUGCUGCAGGGUUUGUUCAGCCAGCCGCAGGUGAUGGACAUAAAUGUGAACAUUGCAAAUGUCAUGUUACCGAAAAUGAAUUUGAGGAAGAGAUUGAAUCUUUAAAAAAGGUGGUAACAAAAUGGCAAGAGAAAUGUAAAUAUUUCAAGAAGUGCCUUGCUGACACGGAGUUAAAACUGAGUGAGGCAUUCAGAGAGAUAUCUGACCUUAGAAUGGACAGGGAACCACCUUCACCAACAUCUGUACAAAAGCAGUCAGAAACACAGGCUCCUGUAGCCCAGAAAACUUCAGAUGAACAUCAAGAGAUGGUCUCCACUCAACAGAAAGAUACAUCUGCAGUACCUAAACCUAAACCGAAGAAAGAAAUCCGAGCUAGAUAUUUGGAAAAGUCACAUACAAGAACCCAGUCUGCCGAGUCAGAGGCAUUCCCUGUGUCUGAUCAAAUAUAUGACAAGAUUGCUGAGUGGUUUCCAAAUCUUAAUCAGCGGCAGGCAAGAGAGCUUCAACUAUACAAAUCUGGAGAUCUUCAAGGAAAGUUGAACUUGUUGACAGCAGAGAUAACAGAUUUUGUAUCAGACAUUGGUAAAAUGCUGUAUCUGGAGAAGGAGGAUGAGGGAAAAACUAUGCAGACGCCAAAGUAUUUUAACUCCCAAGUUGCUGCAAAGAAGCAAAAGGAUGCAAAAGACUUCAAAGAUGAACAAGCAAAGCAAAGUAAAAAUUCAGUUCUUUUUAAUGGACAACAAGCUUGUGCUAAACUACGAGAGGCCUUUGACAUUUUAUCAGCAGCCCUUAAACUGCAGCAUAAUGAGUAUGAGGCCAUGUAUCGCUCAUUCAAAAUCAGUCAACAGCGGAAUCAUAUCCGACGUGAAAUAUUCAUGGGUCGUUUGCCAGUAUCGACACUCAGAGAAUUUGACAGAAUUCAGAGGAAAAAGAUGCAAGAGUCAGAUGUUGCUGAUAGUCUUCUUCAUGCUUAUUUCAAUAUCAGUUAUGGUGGUGGAGCCGGGGUAAAUACCUUUGGAAUGCGACAUAAUCAAGCUGGGAACCAGUAUUACCGCGGCAAUUCAUCAGAAAUGUCAAUUCACUCAGAUACCAUAGAAGAAUCGGAAGCCAAGCUGAAAAAUACAAUGCACAUGCUGCGUGUCCAAAGAUCAAAGUCAGAUUUAGAUGCCCGUGAGACACCUAACAGUUUUUCUAACAUGGGUGUUAUUGGUGGCAUGGGUGGUAUGAUGAAAGAGCGAUCACAUGUGUAUAUGCCAACAAGUUCAGAAAUUCUCAGUAGGGAAAGUUUGACAGGAAGUCAAAAACAGGAAAUGAAGGUCGGCCUGGCAGUGUUAAACAAGAAAGGUCUCAUCUCCUUGACAACAAAUGAUGUUUCCAAUCAGCUUCCAGAACUCACAGCCACUGUAGAAAGCCGGAGGCCGAGAGAAGAACACCAUUCAGGUAAACAACAGUCAAAAUCUCUGAUCAAGCGUAAAGACUUAAUGGAUCACUAUAAAGCCGGGUUCAAGAUUCUCGCGGAUGAGGAGAUCCAGAAGAACCAGGAAGAGGAACUUGAGAAAAGUCUGGGAGAUUAUACCAUCCUAGAUUUACAAUCAAAACUCCUCGAUUUUACUGAUGCCAAAUCUCCACGUAGAAGUGCACAUGUAGAUUCUCUAAUCACUCAAGCAGCUCAGAAGAAGGUCCCUCAACAGAUGAAGUCAGAGAAAUCUGUCACUCUACCAGCCAUAAAAACUUUCAACCCCUUUUAAUUAAAUUAAAUCCAACAUGAGGCUAACAUUGUCUAUACAGAUAGAGUGCACUCUAGAUAGAGUGUUACUUCAAAUUAUUUUUCUUUUCUUUUUGUGAAAGGAAAUAUGCAGUGCUUUUUGGGUUAUUGCACAGUUUUUGGCAAAAGUGACCCAAGAAGUGGAUUAAAAUGAUUUGAAUUUUGAAAUUUUGUGAAGUUGAUCAUUGACUUGUUCGAGCAACUGUGGCCAUAUUCUGUGUUAUUUUGCCAACAUACCCAUCUGUAUUGAUGAAAUUUUGUUUAUUUUAUAUUUUAAAUGCAAAAAAUAUGUGCACAGUUGUUUCCCCUUAAAAUAACUAAUGCUGUUUAGAAGGUUAUUGAAUUUUAGAAAUUUCUGAAAAACUUUUUUUCAUAUUUAUGAAGAUUUUGCAUAAAUUUUUAACAGUUAAUGUAAAAAUUAUGGUCUGAUUUUUAUUAAGCAUUAAUUUUACAUUGUAUGUUUUCAUUAAAUAAUAUUGCAGUAUGCUGUUUGUGUAUUGCUGCUAUGAAGUGAUAUUGGUAUUUUAAAUUUUAAUACCUUUGAACAUGUUGUUGCAAGAUUUCGGGCCCAUGUUAGGUCUUAAACCAAUAAAUAUAUUAUUGCAAGAUUUCAGGUCCUUCUUAGGUCUUAAACCAUUAAAUAUAUGUUAUUGCAAGAUUUCAUACCCAUUUUAGGUCUAAGUCCGUAACAUAUAUGUUCUUGCAAGAGUUCAGACCCUUUCUGGUUCUAAAAAAAGAUUAUAUUCUUGCAAGAGUUCAGAGCCUUUUUGGUUCUAAAAAAAGAAUGCAUGUUAUUGCAAGAGUUCAGGCCCUUUUUAAUUCUAAAAACAUUAAAUAUAGUGUCUUCUUGCUGGUGUUGCGGUCCUUUUUAAUGCUAAACCAUCACAUGUACAUGUAAAUAACAGAAAUAUUGUAAAGAGUGUUUAAUAUUUUUGGUUACUUUGAUUUAAGAACAUCAGUUAUUUCAGUGAAUUUAGUUAUUUUCAAGAGGUCUUUAAUUAGAAGAUAUUUCUUAGUAUUGUGUCAAGGCCUAAAACUACAUGUAUACUUGUUUAUAGAUUUGUGGCUGAAAGUUUUAACAUUUUUGUCUUAAUAAUACAUGUUAUUGUGUCUGUUCUUAACAACUGAUACUCUAAAAAAGUUAGUAUUUUCAGCUAAAUUUAUGCUUUUGCAAUCAACCCUGUUUAUAUAUUUGUACAGAAAGAAGUGCUAAGUAACUAUUUUAUAUAUUAUUCCUAAUAAGGGAGGCUAUUUCUGUAAUUUCCUGCCAUAAUUAUAUUUGUCUCCCUUGUACUAUCUAUUGACUCUGAUCUAAGGGAGGCUAUCUAUGUUAAAUUAAAUACUUUUUUGUAGCUGUCUUUCUGCGCAGUCUGAUCAGGAUCCAUGCUGUUUGCCUACAAACCGGAACAGCAUGGCUCCUGAUCAGACUGCACGGAUGCGCAGGCUGGUCUGGAUCCAUGCUGGUCGCAAACGCACUAUGAUGGUUUUGUAAUGUCGCGGCUCAUAAAAAUAAUUCUUUAUUAUUGAACAAUUAUAGCCUAAUAGCAUUAUUUAAAUUUGAUUAAAUGUCAUAAAUUAUGUAAGACAGUUAUAUGAUGAUACAUGUAUACAUUUUUCUGUCAUAUUUAACAGAGUGACAUAGAUUGUAACUACACAAUUUUAUCAUACUAUUCUCUUAUAUAAUGCUUAUAUUUAUUAUUUGUUGUUUUUUUUACAAAUUCAGAAUUUAUUUAUUUGUUAUAUUUGUCUUUAUUUGUCUGUGAUAAUUCUAGUCGACUAAAUCACCGUGUCUAUUUACACAGUAGUUCAAUGUAGAAAUUACUGGUACUAUGUAUACACUGAGAUUAACUGGGUUAGAGCUAAAUUGUAAUGUUAGGUCAAUUUCGUCUCCCACGUUACUCCCCUAUGGGGCCCCAUAGAGAGAUGACACAGCAUCGACCAUUGUGUUUUUCGAUUCUUUGAAAUCAUAUAUCAUCACCUUAGUGCAGUAACGGGUUAAGUCUGUCUGGAUUUAAUAGGUGCUAACCAGUUAUUGCACUAAGGUGACGAUAUGUGUGUUUUCCACUGUUUGUUGACAACAGUUACUUUCCCACACAGGAAAAGCCCCACAUUGGGUAAAAUUUGAUGCAAACCUAUACAUGUACCAUUAGUUCUGAUGAAUUUCUGACUUCAGUAUAAUGGUUAAGCUUAUAUGCUGAACUCAAAUUUUUAAUUUUUUAAUGUCGUUUUCAAUAAGUUGUAUGUUUUAGUUCUUCCAAUUUAGUCUCUUUGUGUCAUCAAAUGUUUAUUGGGCAUAGAAUUCAAUGUUUUAACACAUAGAAUCCUUUCUUUUUUGCCACUAUGUGACUUUAUUUUGAAGUGUUAUACCAACGAAAAAUGCCAAAUUUUCUCAAGAUAACAAAACAUGAAAUUGUAUCCUAGUAACCAGUGUAUACAUGGAAACCAAGACUUUCAUGGUGUCUAAUAUAUUAUGAAAAUUUUGUACUAAAAUUGAAAUACUUUUGUAUAAUGUUUUGUUAUGUUUCCAAGUAAUUCGAAAAUAAAUGAUCCAUUAUUAUUGA